GGUCGCUCAGAUUGCCUGAGUAGAAAACACUAACGGUCGGUGCCCACCACCCGCUACAAACCACCAACACGCGCUCACACCAACAGACACACAGCUGGUUAGCUUAGUUUAGCUUCUCUCCGGUUCACGGUUAUUAUGUGUUGACGUUAUUUAACGUUGAAGUAACGGAUUAUCAUCUAGCCCCCCUCCUCGGCAUGGAGUGCCGUGUUCUGUCCAUCCAGAGCCAUGUAGUCCGGGGGUAUGUGGGCAACAAGAGCGCCUCUUUCCCAUUACAGGUUUUAGGGUUUGAGGUGGACUCCAUCAACUCUGUCCAGUUCUCCAACCACACAGGUUAUUCUCAUUGGAAAGGCCAGGUGUUGACAGCAGAUGAGCUCCACGUCCUUUAUGAAGGAAUCAAGCUGAACAACGUACACCAGUAUGACUAUGUUUUAACAGGGUAUACCAGAGACACAUCCUUCUUGGAGAUGGUAGUGGACAUUGUUCAGGAGCUAAAGAGAGCCAACCCCAACCUGGUGUAUGUAUGUGACCCCGUCCUCGGUGAUCAUGGAUCUAUGUACGUUCCUCAGAAUCUUUACCCGGUCUAUAAGAACAAGGUGGUUCCUGUUGCUGACAUUAUAACUCCUAACCAGUUUGAGGCUGAAUUAUUGACGGGGAAAAACAUCAGCACAGAGAAAGACGCUGUAGAGGUUAUGGACCUUCUCCACGCUAUGGGCCCAGACACAGUGGUCAUCACCUCCUCUGAUCUGCCCUCCAGACUGGGAGACCGCUUCCUUGUGUCGCUUGGCAGCCAGCGCAAGGUUCGUCCCGACGGCAGCAAGACAACACAGAGAGUUCGAAUAGAAGUCCCCAAAGUGGAUGCCGUCUUCGUAGGAACUGGAGAUUUGUUUGCUGCUAUGCUUCUAGCGUGGACACACCACUACCCCAAUGACCUAAAGAUGGCCUGUGAGAAGACGUUUUCAGUGAUGCACCAUGUUAUCCAGAGGACCAUUUCGUAUGCUCACGAGUUAGCAGGUCCUGGUCGGAGGCCCAGUCCGCCCCAGCUGGAGCUGAGGAUGGUUCAAAGUAAAGCUGACAUAGAAGACCCUGCUAUAGUUACGGAGGCCAAGGUCAUAUCCUAACAUUACCCACCCCAUAAGACUCAUACUAACCUCGUCCUCUCCACCCAUAAAUCUCUCAAAUCCAGUAUCUCGGUGAAAUCUCUCAUCACUGUAAACCUUGACCGUCAUUUACAAACUUCAACACCUCAUUAUCCAGACUCCUUAAAAAAAACCUUAGUAUUGUAACCUCUGUAGUCCUUAAACCCUUUACCCCUUUAAGUCCUCAGUGUCCUGAACCCUUAACCCUGUUUGGAACUAGAGCCAUGGAUAGACAGAGAGUUCUGUCAGGUUGGACUGUUCUCUAUAACGGGAUAUGUGAGUGGACUGCUCAGCUGCUUUUUAGAAAGCUGUAGGUUUGAGUGUCCACAAGCAUAACUCAUAACAUGCCGUAUAUAAAAUACAUACUAAGACAAAAUAUGGGGGUGAUAAACCCUGAAUACCCGUUCAAGGUUCAGUCCUCAGCACGAUAUAGAGGAAUUGUUUUGGAGUUGUUAAAAGUCAGAUUUGGAUUUGGUGAUGUCAUAUUUGUUAUAGCAUUUGUUAUAUGCUCUGUUACCCGUCUGUAACCACUCAACAGUGAUGUCAACGUGUCCUCACGCUUCCUGGAGUACACAUUUACGCUAAUUCAGUGAGGUGAGAAAUUAAACCACUGAUGCUGCGUUAACACCAAACACGAAGCAAACUUCACGUGGCGUGAUUACAUACCGAGAAGUCAAUGCAAAGAGACGAAUAGACGCAAUUUUGCACCGGGCGACACAAAUAGAAAUAUUUCAACGAGAAAUUUGCAUGACGCUGUGUCGUGCAAGCCUAUCAGCGUUGAGAUUCUCCUUCUGUCGUCACUGACGAUCUGACGCCCUGAUGUUGUUGAAUCAGAAAUGAUUAAACGUUGUUGGUGUCGACAUUGAGGUAAACCCCCCUUCCUCUCCGGCGUGUCUAGCACGAGUAAUGCAAGGCAAAAAAUUUGCUUUGCAUUUGGUGUGAACGCAGCAAUAGAAGUUCUAAUGUAUCAGGAACAGUUUGUUGUUCAAUUCAGAAACAAAACAUUAACCCAAAACUCGAAACUCGAUCCAAAUUGAUUCCAGCUGCUGAACGUUCUCCAAAACUCUACCUCUAAAUUAUCAAAUAUAAACUUGCCUACUUUAUUGCUCUAUUACUGCCACUCCAACUACAACUCAAUGUAUAUUUCUGACAGACUUGCACUCUAGCUGAUGUCCUCCACACCAGUUGCCAAGUAGCAGGAUCGCAGCGCUAACAUUGGUAGCACUGUAAAGACCUUUUACACACCGGGGGGGGGCAUGACGAAUACACGAUAAGAGUUCUCGCCUGCAAAUAUUAUAUGUCUAGGACUUUUAUUGUGAAAAGUAAGAACGGAAGGAGGUUGAAAGGAGUAAUGAAAUUUGCCGUCUUGGUUUGGACUACGGAGUUGUUUCAUAAAUAGAGACGCAACUCAACCCGUUCAGCACGACGUGAUAUGUUGACGCCUUUAUUUGUUGUGUGAAAGCUCAGAAAAAUUAACCUCAAGAAAAAAAAUUACGUCGCUUUUUUGCUGCGUAUUAUUCCUGUUCUGUGUGAAAGUAUUCACUUCCAAAAAUAUAUAUUGACGUGUGAAAUAAACGCCCUCGGUGUGUAACGUCCUUUUAGACUAUACUGAUGAAACCCUGUUUAUCUAUGGCUCCGCCCACCACUAUCUCGACCCCCUCCCCCGUCUUACAGCAGUGAUGUAAUGGUGACCAAGUCUAACCCCAUGAGACCCCUUGAAAAUAUAACAAAGGAAAAAAAAAACGCACAAUGUAUAGUUGAUGUAUAGAUGUUGUACUAUAACUGUAUUGGACCAUCUGUAUGAUAUCUUCUAUCUGAUCUGUCUAUUGGACCAUUGUGUUGAUGCUACUGUACUAUAGACCACACGCACUACAAUAUCACCCAAACCAGAGACAUGUGGGCUGGUUCUGGCACUCCUGGAGGCUCCAGCGGCUCCGCUCGUUGUCUCUCGUUAGUAAUAGGUUACUGUCUAAUAGUAUAUAGUAUAUAUAGUCUUUAAUCUCAACACAACAUAAAGAGAAAAAAAACGGACAACCUGAGCUGUCUGAGCCGUCCCCCGGCCGGUUUCACUUGUGCCAACCAGACCAAUCAGAAACCGGCUACCUCGGUGCCAGAACCAACCCACAUCAUCGCCGGGCGGUUCCCGGCCCAGCUCUGGCCCAGAACCCUAUAUCUGAGAGUUGUGCCACUGAAUUAACUGGAGGCCUCGACAAGUUGUAAAAGGAGACCCUCCUCGCCUCAGCAGGAGACUCGUCCAGUAGCAGCUCUGUAGAUGUCUGUUGUAGAAAUUGUCUUUUUUAGUCCACGUCACAUUCCACUGUGGUCUCAACAACAGGAAUCAUGCCAGUAGGUCUGAUUUUAAUAUGAUGCACAGGAUGCAACGUUCAUGUUUUUUCUUGCCCAGAGUCAAUUUUUUACUUGCCCCUAUACAAAUUGUUUUAUUUAUUAAUUAGAGGUUAUCAAAUAACAACAGACACCAAAGUUAAUUGUCAUGUUUAAUCUAGAUUUAGGUAAAUUAAUCUGGAGUUUAGCCCACAUCCUCUAACGCAACCCAACUAAACUCCUGUUUCCAGGAUUAUUGAAGUGUUUUCUUGCGCUCCAGCUCAUAAACUUUGUCUUUACCUCUGCGGUAUCGUCAGUCCUGUGAGUCCUGUGAGUCAUUUGAGUCGCUAGUCAGUGAAGUUAACGUCAACCACGACUGUUUCCUAACCCUACCUAAGUUGUCUCCUAAAGCUAACUUCCUGUGAAAACGGAAGUUUAUUUUGAAAGGACACUAUGCAUGUAAAAAGCGUAUAUAGAUAUGCUGUCCCUGACAUGUCCAAAACUUAUGCUAGUGUGGAACCUAAAGCGCCGAGGGGCACUGACCAAGUGGCGAUAUUUGACGAGUUGGGAGUGAGAAUAUGUUGCCCCAGUUUGUGAUAUACCCUACCCCAGAAAACCUUUUUAUUACUACUAUAACUAAAGUUUUGAUUUCCGAAAAUCAAAUCUUUGCUGGCUCACUCAGCUAUGAAACAAGCUAACGUAACUUGCUACCAUGAAACAAUAAUUCUGUCAGGGUUGCUGGCUGAUUUUCUGAUAUAACAGUCAAUCUAAAUUCUUUAAUUAUGAUCUUAAUGAUGCUGCUUGUGGUUUAAUUAAUAAUGAAUUCUAAAUGGCCACCAUGGCAUCGAGUCUAUUUGUCGAGCAUUACAGUAUCCUGUUUUCCACAGUGGAGUGUGAAUGAAAGAGGUGACAUGCGACAGUGGUCAUGAGCCGGUUUCAAACCAGUGAUGUCGCACGAACUUGGCAUGUGCCUUAAGCCCGCUGAGCUACCAGGGCGCCACAGGAGAUUUUAAUGAGAUUUUAACUCUUUUAAGUUACCUCAGAAUCUGUUAUUUCCCCCUCGUUGCUUCCUGAUUUUAAUGUUCAGUAAACAGCUUAAAUGUCGGCUAACUUUGCUUUACAGUUUUGGAAAGUGUAAACCAAAUAACCGGAGGCUUUAAAAAAAAAAAAAAAAAAAA